CGCGGCCGUCACGUUGCACAGCUCGGUCCAAUCAACAGGAACUUUCCUAACAGAGAUUUGUAAGAUGGCGACCGCCGAACCGGAAACCAACCCAAGUCCACCCCAGCCUGAUGACGAUGGAGCUGAGGAGACUGGACAGGAGAUUGUGAGCCCAGAGGCCUACAUCAAACACCCACUCCAGAACAGAUGGUCUCUGUGGUUCUUCAAGAAUGACAAGAGCAAAACAUGGCAGGCCAACCUGCGGCUCAUCUCUAAAUUUGACACGGUUGAAGAUUUCUGGGCUCUCUACAAUCAUAUCCAGUUGUCAAGCAACCUCAUGUCAGGCUGUGAUUACUCUCUUUUUAAGGAUGGCAUUGAACCCAUGUGGGAGGACGAGAGGAACAAGCGUGGCGGUCGCUGGCUGAUCACUCUCACCAAGCAGCAGAGGAGAUUAGACCUGGACCGCUUCUGGCUGGAAACGCUCCUGUGCUUGGUUGGCGAGGCCUUUGACGAUUACAGCGACGAUGUCUGCGGAGCCGUGGUCAACAUCCGCACAAAAGGAGAUAAAAUAGCAGUCUGGACAUCGGACUAUGAAAACCGGGAAGCUGUAACACACAUAGGGAGAGUUUACAAGGAGCGCUUGGGGCUUCCCAUGAAGAUGACUAUUGGCUACCAAUCCCACGCAGACACAGCUACCAAAAGUGGUUCUACCACCAAGAACAAAUUUGUUGUUUGAGAAAUGUCCAAUGUGCCUCUUUCAUUUUCCUGUCUUAUUUGUUGUUGGUGCAUAUGUUUACUUUGCUGCAAAGACUCUGCGGAAUGCAAUCUGGAGGAAAGGAGAACCCAGUCCAAGACUACAUGCCAAAUAUUUCCAUAACCUGCCCGGGACUCGAACCACAGCUCAAAAAACAAUGGAGAACAGAUAAACAUUAAUCUUCCAAAACACUAAGAAUGAGAGGUAUUAAUAGUGGAUGAAGUUUAGAGUGCUUCAUACUCUACUAAAUAAAUUUGUGUUGAUUUUUUUUUUCCUUUUUUUUUAAUGGCAGGAAAUCCUGAAAUGCAAAAAAUGUAUAUUUCUCUCCCAUUUUCUACAGCAUUGUUGGUUUGCUGUAAUCCUUAAAACAUUAAACCCUUUUAAUUUAUUAUUUUAAUUUGCCUGCAUAUUACUAGAUUGUUAGACUUUUGUUUUAUGCUUUUGUUUUUCGCCUUUAAAUGUUGCACAUAAUCAACCUUUUUAAAGUAUUUCAUGACUCAUAUUAAUUUGAGUGUUAAUAUAAUUAAAACAUUGGUUUUGCAGUUAUAACUGUUAAAUUGUGGAAUACUUUUUUCAACCUGUAAUCGGUACAUUCCUUGUUAUACAUAAAUUGCUUUUUGAUUUGCAGUGGUGCUGUAUUGUAAGAUAUUGACUUGAAGGCAGAAAAGCUGAGGAUGUCUCUAGUAGACCAUCAAAAAGUUUUCUACCCAUGGUCUCAAUACCCACUGUAUAAAGUGAGAGUACUAAAGGAGACAAGAUCAAUCUUGUCUCAGAAAACAGGAGAGUCCUUCUCGCUGCUUCCAAGCAUUUUAGGAUUCACCAUUAGCCCUAGCUGGUGUGAAAGUGCCAAAUUCAAACCCACCCGCCCCCACCCCAUAAUCCCAAGAUCCUUUGAAAUGUCAGUAUAAAAAGAACUUUGAAAGAAAAGGUUACUUUGGGCAACAUGACUUCUCAUCUCACUUCAUUGCCACCAGGGCAGCUUUAAAAAUGUCACCUCUACAUGACAAAUGUCAUCGCAUUCUCAAGGUUUGGCAUUCUUUAAGCCAGCAGGCAAAGCAUCUACAACUAGAUCCUUCUUGAUCUGAUGAAGCGUUAAGUGAGUGCAGAAGCUUCUAUAGGUGCUUGUUGAAGUCCCGACAUGGUUGUGGUGGCAACCUUUAAAGGCCGGCUGACUUAUCAUGCACAAACACACUUCGGUGAUGAAAUAGUAACUAAGAUGUAUGUUUAUAUCGCCUUUCCAGCGGAGACAUCACAAAGUGCCUCACAAUAAAUGUAACAGACAAACUAUAGACAAGUGCACAUGAACUUUAAAAAAAGGAAACAGGCGGGUCUUGAGUUGAAUCCGCAGACCUGAAGUCCAAAGGGAAACCGUUCCAUAACUAAGUCCUGUUAACAACUGUAUAACCAAUAAUGUGGUGAACGUGCCUCGUUCACUGUGCAAUAUAGGGCAGUGUGAUCGGAGGAAAACUGUGUUUAAUAUGAAAUCAAACAGCCGCUAUUCACAUUCACAUCAGUGUACAGGCCUGGCAUCAAACACCACACUGAAGCUGACCCUCACUCCAUGAGAGUUGACUGCCACCACAACAACACGUACCGCACGCGAUACAUUACUUUCUACUCAGAUAUAGACAAUAUUUGAUAUGAGUCGCAACAGAAUGUACAGUCUAUUUGUGGAAUCAACAAAAUCAUGCAGAUACCCACUUUACAGUUAACAAUUUCAAAAUCAAGACUGAACAUAAUGAACAUAAUUGCAUUUCAGUUGUAGUCGACAUUGACAUUUUUAAGAUGUUUUGUUGAUCUGGUCUUUUAGUAAUCCUAAUGUUACAACAUGCUAUUUGUUAUGUAAACAUUAAAAAGUAUGAGAAACCUAUUCCUGAAUUUUCUUUUG